CCUUACUAUUAUCCAAUCCCCCAGUCUUUGCUGUAUCCAGUUCUCUCAGCCAUGCCUGGCAAAUGAAUUAAAUUGUCUGAAGAUUUGUCUUGAUGAUCUCAGGAGAUCUCAGGUGUAAACAGAGCUACAUUAUCUUCUUGGCACCCUGCUGGGGUGGGAUACACACAGCUCAGAAGAAUCUAUUCCAUGUUCUUGGCUCUGGUUUUAUGGUUUCUCUCAAACAUAAUUAAUGUCAUCAAGAAAAAGUCAUUUAAGAGUCUCCUUCUCUCCUUUUCAUGGUGGCUGAGGUCCUGCUGGAAUCCGUGAUCUACACCUGCACUCAAACUGGGGUUCUAUACAAUGGUGAGUUCCUGCUUCAGGAGCACACUGACUGGCCGUUUUUCAAGGAGCUGACUGAAGGAUGUGCAGUUGUGGGGUGUGGCCUCUGGCAGCCCCUGUGGAUGAUUCAAUUCCUUGCCGGUGUCACCAAAAAUUUGGAAUGUCACGAAGAUCGGAACUUUGGGACAACAGUUGUUGCUGUCAGAGACCUCUGUACUCAGGGUUCUUUUGAAGACCCUGACCUGGAGUUACAUGCAGGCUUCGGUUCUUUGUGGAAAUGGGACCCGUUCUCGGGGUUCCACGACUGGCUGCUAUUCAAUAUGCCAAGGGUUUGGCCUGAGAAUCUCGAUCGUGUUCGGAAGCCUAAGAUCUUGGGGCUCUGGAGAUGGACGGAUCGAGGGUCGGUGACAUGGCUGGAGACUUGGGUGUCGUCGGGGAGGCCGGAAAAUCUUUCGCCGUGGGCCCAAAGACCCGAGGUUUUUGUGAUCUUCGGACACAGAGCUUGGGGAGAGAGAGAAUGCUGGAUGAAAUGCUAAGUCUUCGGGGUAACUGCAAG